UUUACAGAAAGCGACAAAAGGGUGGUGGUUCGUCGGGAGGCAGGGGGCGAAUUUGGUUUUCGCAUCCACGGUUCGAAGCCAGUGGUCGUGUCAGCUAUCGAGCCAGACACGCCAGCCGAGACUUCUGGUCUGGAAGUAGGUGACAUAAUAAUGUCAGUGAACGGUAAAAGCGUGAUGGACGCCAUCCAUUCUGAAGUGGUGUUACUGGCCCAUUCGGGGACCGACGUCCUCGAGCUGGAAGUGGCCAGGACUUGUAACGUGCUGGCACCCAGGGUGGCUAAGAGCAGAGAAGGAACUGAAGAAACGCCUAUUGCUUCCGGCUACCUGUGGAGAAAGUCCGCGACCUCGUCUAAUACUGAUAAAUGGGUGCGCAGAUGGUUCAAGUUGAGAAGGGAUAACUGCCUUUAUUAUUACAAGACUGACGCGGUUAGUACAUUUUAAGUGCCAAUAAAAUUA